AUGGCCGAUAGAGGGAAUAGGGGAGGCCGUGGUGGCGGCGGCUACCGGGGCGGUCGCGGAGGUAACCGUGGAGGAGCAGGUGGUUCCGGUUCCGGCGCCGGUGGAGGCCAGGGAGGCGGUGGUGCUCAGGGCGGUGACCGCGGCGAGCGCCCUAAGAAGGAAAACAUUCUCGACCUCAAGAAGUAUAUGGACAAGCGCAUUACUGUCAAGUUCAACGGUGGACGUGAAGUUACCGGUACACUCAAGGGAUAUGAUGCGCUUAUGAACUUGGUUUUGGAUGAUGUGCAGGAAGCUGUGAGAGACGAAGAAGGCAACGAAACCACCCGUCCUCUAGGACUUGUUGUUGCGCGCGGUACGCUCCUCGUUGUGAUCAGCCCCGUCGACGGAAGCGAGGUAAUUGCGAACCCCUUCGCUCAGCAGGAGGAGGAAGCUUGA